GAAGAUGGCGGCUGUUGUGGAGAGAGCAGAGGGAGGCGCCGGAGCGGCUGUGGAUCCCGAAGCGCUUUCCCCCAGGCUGCCCUCUCCCCCGCCGGACCAGCCCCACCAGAACAACCCGCUGCUGGGUCUCCCCAUCGUGGCCAUCGAGACCAUCCUCAACUUCCUGUCGUACGAUGAGAUCAGCCUGCUGCGGCUGGUGUGCAAGCGCAUGGACAUGAUUUGUCAGCGCAUGCUCAACCAAGGCUUCCUCAGAGUGGAGCGCUAUCACAGCCUCUGUCAGAAACAGGUCAAGGCCCAGCUGCCAAGGAGAGAAUCAGAGAGGAGGAACCACUCUCUGGCCCGUCACGCCGACAUCUUAGCCGCGGUGGAAACUCGCCUUUCCCUGCUCAACAUGACUUUCAUGAAAUACGUCGACUCCAAUCUCUGCUGCUUCAUUCCGGGCAAGGUGAUAGAUGAAAUAUACCGAGUUCUGCGCUACGUAAACUCGACCCGUGCGCCACAGAGAGCUCACGAGGUCCUGCAGGAGCUCCGGGACAUCUCGUCCAUGGCCAUGGAGUACUUUGACGAGAAAAUCGUGCCCAUCCUGAAGAAGAAGCUUCCGGGUGCUGAUCUCUCCGGACGUCUCAUAGGAUCUGCUCCUGUGGCCGGGCCGUCCACCUCACUGACCACCAUGACGCUGCUCGCCAAGAACACGCCGUCUCGCUCGGAGAUGACCAAGGUGCAGCAGCAGGUGAAGGUGAACGGCGCCUCCAUGACGGCGCUGCGGCGCGAGAUGCAGGAGGUGCGGGCGAAGCAGCUGGAGCAGCAGAAGCAGCUGCAGGACCAGGAGCAGAAGCUGCUGGAGCAGACGCAGGUGAUCGGCGAGCAGAACGCCCGGCUGGCCGAGCUCGAACACAAGCUGCGCGAACUGAUGGAGAGCGCCGUGGGCGCCUCCGCCCCCUCCACCUCCUCCUCCGCACCCUCUUCCUCCUCGGCCGUGGUGGCGAUAGCGUCCACCUCCUCCGCCGCCGGCAGCCCAGUCGGCUCGAGUCCCGGGGCGGCCGAGGACGGCCCGUCCCUCAAGCGGCCCCGCAAGGGUUUGGACCUGCCGCGCCACUCCAAGCGCCUGCGGAGCAAGAAGUAGACGGACGUCUUUCGUUUAUUUUCUGUUUUUAUGGUUCCUUUUUGUUCUUGGAGGGUUGUUUUUUUUUCCGCUUUCUCCAGUCGGUUUUCUUUGCACGCGCCCAUGUUCGGCGACGGCACGAGACGUGGACGAUACAGAAAGUGACGGGUAUUUUUUUUUUUCCUCUUUUUUUCGUUUAUACACGUUUUAGCAACUGCUACGUCGUCCCAUAUCAUACACUAAUGCGCCCGAAGCUCUUCAGGCGGCGCUCGCCUUCUGUGUCUGCUGUUAUCGUUCCGAGUCGUCUGAGAGAACCCGGAGGUCAUGCCGAAGGCGCGAAAAGGAGAAGCCUGUAGUUUAGGCUGUAGCUAAACACCUUACAGCCAAACUCAUGAGCAUGAUCUUCCCUCCCCCUGCAGCAUAAACUGCACUUGCAGCCAGCGGUGGAACAGCACAUAUGGAACAUAUAUACAUAUAUAUAAAUAAAUAUAAUGACUGCGACGUUAACAUGUAGCCUGUUGAGACUCCCCAACAGCGUAUUAAGCCUAAAUCAUGUAUAGCAUGUGUUGUGAACAUUUCUAAUAGACUCCCUGCUUCAAAAGAAACGGAGAAUGCCGUGACGUCUCCUGUCGAAUAGUUUAUUUUGUCAUACGGAGGAAAAAUAUGAACUUCAGUUAUGGUUUUUUUUGGAGUUCUGAAUUGGGAACACAACUCAAGGAUAUGAUGAAAAGAAUACUGCGACUGUAAGACCUUUGAUUGUCGCAUUUGUCCAGUUGCUGUCUGCCCGGCUGGUGGCCGAAGGUCUUGUGUUGUAAGUUCCGUGCUACGUUGUAGCUGCCACUGUUUUCGUGGUUGUUCAGUUGCUUGUCAGUGCAAUAAGAGUUGUGGAAGGUCUCGUCACUAGGAAGGUAAGUUAUUAAUGUUCUGGUUCACCUGUGCUUGUGAAGAACAUGUCUGCCAAUCAACUCCUGUCUUGCUACUUUAUUUCAUUUUACUUUUAUUUUAUUUUAUUUUAUUUUUGAGUUGUUUUCCUGUAGCUCGACCAGUCAAGGCACAACUUCAGCAAGUUGAGUUCUGUUAAAGAGGUACACCCUUAAAAAAAGAUUGUUCUUUAGGGUUUUUUAGUAAAGAGUGGUUCUAUUUAGAACCAUCAUGGUUAAAUGGUUCUUCAGAUUGAUGGAGAACAUGUUGGGAACGGUUCUGCACGGAAGCUUUUUUGAAAGUGGUUCUUUUGCAGCACCAAAAAUGGGCGUUCUUUUAGAAGCUUGACAUUGAUAACGAUAGCAGAAUCCCUUUCAGUGCUGCACAGAACCAAACGCAACAGUCUGAAGAACCAUUCCACCAUUUUAAAGAUGGUUCUAUGCAGAACUCAAGGUUCUAAGCUGGAAAAACCAAACCAUGCUACGGUGAAAAAAAAAUAACAGCUUUUCCAAGCUGAAGAAAAAAUAUAAAUUUUUGGCCCGGGUUGUGUGACAGCGAGAUGCCCCCGGGGUCGAAGCUGGGCCUCCAGAGUUCAGAACCGGGUGAUCUUGUGAGCCCUGGAGGACACUGGUGCGCUGGGUGUGCCUGGGCCAAAACUGAAACUAAUCACAUUUCCUGAUCCGCUAUAAACGGUGACCGAUUUACAGGAGAGUUCUUUACAUUAAACUUAGCAGUCCUCAGUGGACUGGCUUCCCUGGAACACUCACGGGACUUAAAGCACCUGAGAACCCUUUGUUUUCCUUUUUAAGAGACCUGUGCGUUCAUUUACAUGGUUCUUCAAAGCUUCACCUGGACUACUGGGGUUCAGUUUUGACCUCGGAAAGCAUUAAAGGUGUUCAGAACGUACCUGGAAAUGGUUGGUGUAGUUUUAAACCUGAACGUGGGUGAAACAGUUCGUCUCCUGCGUUUGUUGGAGGGAAACAGCAUUUGUGCUACGAGAGGCCUGACUGCGUUACUACACAGCUUCCUGUCGCCGGAGGAUGGUGGGAUAGAGCCCGAUCUCUGCGCCUCUGCAGCAGAGAAAUAACACUUAUUUUUGUUUUAAUUAAAGGUUCUGUCACAUAAUGCUAAUGUAGCUACGAGGGAGUGAAAGCGAGACUGACCCGUUAUCCUGACCUGCUAACGGGCUUUUUACCGUUCAUUAUUAGCCACAUUAGCAUUAUUCAGUUGACCAGUCAGUCAAGUAACGCUAAUCCGCUAGCAGUGACUGACAGCUACUCUUACAUUACUUUGACGUCAUGCUAACUAACAAAUUCAGCGUUCAUUAUUAGCUACAUUACCGUUAUUUUGUUGACAUGUUAGUAAAAUACUGCUAAUGUAGCUACGAGUGAGUCUUUCUUGCGAUCUUGACCAGCUAACUAGCAUUUUACCGUUCAUUGUUAGCCACAUUAUCAUUAUUCAGUUGACCAGUCAGUCAAGUAACGCUAAAGUCACUAGCUUAUUACUUUGAUGUCAUGCUAACAGGCAGAUUCAGCGUUCAUUAUUAGCUACAUUACCGUUAUUUUGUUGACAGAUUAGUAAAAUACUGCUGACGUAGCUACGAGUGAAUCAAACAGCAUUACCUGUUAUUUUCACAUGCUAACUGGCAUUUCACCAUUCAUUAUUAGCCACAUUAGCCUUUAGUCAGUUAGCAUGUUAAGACAACAGGCAAGGCUGGUUUUCAAAAUAAUGGUAACGUAGAUAAUGGUGAACAUUGAGGUUAGAAUGACGAUGAAGUACCUUAAGACUAGCUGUCAUUCACAGCUAGCCGCAUUAGCAUUAUUCAGUUGACCUGUCGGUCACGUAAUGCUAAAGUCGCUAGCUUAUUACUUUGAUGUCAUGCUAACUGGCAAAGUCAGCGUUCAUUAUUAGCUACAUUACCGUUAUUUUGUUGACAUAUUAAUAAAAUUAUGCUAAUGUAGUUACGAGUGAAUGAAACAGAGCAUUACCUGUUAUCUUCACAUGCUAACAGGCUUUUUACCAUCAUUAUUAGCCACAUUUUCCAUUAUUCAGUUGACGUAUCAGGUAAACAGUGCUAAUGUGGCUCGCAGUGAAAGACAGGUAGUCUUACUACUUUGACUUGAUGCUAACCGGCAUCUUAACAUUUGUUGUUAUCCACAUUAGCAUUAUUUUGUUGCCGUAUUAGCCAUGUGAUGCUAACGUGGCUCGCAAUGAAUAAAAACUAGUCUUAUUACUUUAAUUUCAUGCUAACUGGCAACCUAAACAUUCCUUAUUAGCUACAUUAGCAUUAUUCAGUCGACCUGUCUGUUAAAUAAUGCAGAUGUGCAGUGAAUGAAAGCUAGUGCUGUGUUACUUUGGCAUCAUGCUAACUGGCAUCUUAGCAUUCAUUACUAUCCACAUUAGCAUUAUUCUGUUGAUAUAUUAGCCAUGUGAUGCCAAUGUGAUUCUAGUGAGUCUUAAAUUGCCUUGACAUCAUGCUAACUGGUGUCUUAUCCAUUGCUAUCCUUGUUAGCAUUAUUCUAUUGCCAUAUUAGCCAUAUGAUGCUAAUGUGGCUCGCAGUCAAUGAAAGCUAGUCUCGUUACUUCAAACUAACUGGCAACCUAAACAUUCAUUAUUAGCUACAUUAGCAUUAUUCAGUUGACCUACCUGUUAAAUAACGCAAAUGCAGCUAGCAGUGAAUUUGCCCUCAUGCUAACUGACGUCUUACCAUCUGUUUUUAGUCACAUUAGCAUUAUUCUGUGGACAUAUUAGUCAGGUAAUGCUAAUGUGGCUCGCAGUGAAUAAAAGCUAGUCUUAUUACUUUGACUUCAUGCUAACUGGCAUCUCAACAUUCAUUACUAUCCACAUUAGCAUUAUUCAGUUAACCUAUCUGUUAAUUAACGUUCAUUACUCUCCGCAUUAGCAUUGUUUUGUUGACAUGUUGGUCAUGUAAUGCUAAUGUGAUUCCAGCAAUGAAUAAAAGCUGGGCUUAAGUUAGUUUGACAUCAUGCUAACUGGCGUCUUAUCCAUUAUUAGCCAUGUUAGCGUUAGUCUGUUGACCGUCAAACAGUGCUAACGUGACUAAAGGUGAACGAAUGCUAGUCCUGUUACUUCAUGCUAACUGGCAGCUGCAUCAUUUGAUAUGUGCUACGUUGGCGUUAUUUAGACGACUCUUCCCUUUUAUUUUUAAGAAACUUUAAGUAGAUCUUCUGGAUCUGAUACCCAGUUGUCCUGAAAAGCCUUUGUGUAGGAUACGACGUUUGUUCGGGGUCAGUUUUUUUGCUGGCCGUCUGCCAGUUUGCACCCUUAUUUCUGAAUUAUGUCCAUAAAACGUCAGUGAUGAACCGGAAUAGGGCUGGGGAGCUGGCUGUAAGUCCACAGCCUGAGGAUUCAUUCAGCGUGGCGCUGUUGAUGAUCUGAUUCCACACACCUUUCAAACUGAUCUUAAUACUCAACACCAGACACCACACUCUCAAAAAAGAUGGUUCUUUGGUAAAAUAGUGGUUCUGUAUAGAACCGUGAAUGCUCAAAGAGACAUUUGAAUGCUAAAAUGGUUCUUUGCAUGGUGAAAUGGUUCUUCUGAUCGAUUGAUUGAUGGAAAUUGCGUUGUGUAUGGUUCUGUGUAGCACUGAAAAGGGUUCUUAUAUUGUCACAAACUUGAUAUCAUAACAAUAGAAAAACCCUUUUUCUAUAUAUCAGUGGGGGACGAAGUACACAAACCAUGUACUUGAGUUAAAAUAGAGAUACCCAAGGUAAAAUAUUACUCCAGUAAAAGUAGAAGUUCCUCCCUUUAGACCUCCACUUGAGUAAAGGUACAAAAGUAUAAACUCAGAUUUACAAAUGAGUUGCACUGAUGUUGAACCGUGUGCUGCACUGGGUCGGUAUGACCAACAGGUCAAAACAAGCUCAAAACUAAGCGCGCACUGUUUCCUGAUUGGUGCUCUUGCUUUGUGCUUCUUUUGUUUUGACAUGUUACGUUUUUAUACACACAUAAACCAAAAGGAACGACCGAUUUCUCAUAAUGUAGUCGAGUAAAAAGUGAGAUAUUAGACUUUGAAAUGUAGUGGAGUGAAAGUAAAAAGUCACCCAAAAUGGAAAAACUUCAGUAAAGUACAGAUACAGGAAAAAACUACUUAAGUACAGUAAUGAAUUACAAUUACUUAGUUACUGUCCACCACUGUUAUAUAGAACCGUAUACAACAUAUUCUCCAUCAAUCUGAAGAACGAUUUCACCAUGCAGUGAACCAUUUAAGCAUGGAAAUGCUUCUUUGAGUCUUCACGGUUCCAUACAGAAGCCGUGCCUUUACUAAAGAACCGUCUUUUUAAGAGUACAUAUCAACAGUGCCCUCGAAUGAGGGCUCGCUUUGGAACCGCAUGUGCGUCUAACAUUAUGAGCAGGGCACACUGAACUGUGUUAUAGCUUGUGGCUUAAUGCGAGACUGUGUCUCAGUUUAGAGAAAAAAAAAAUCUGUACUGUAAACAAUGUACUUCAGAGUCGAGACUGUGGAUUAUUUCAUGUAUGUAUUAGGAAAAAAGUAAUCUUGUAAAUUGCCUGUUUUAGGCAAAGAAAAAAUGGUUUGUUGCACAUAUUACUGUUACAAAUGUACAAAUGAAUCAUAUUAAACAACAUUAAGGCAUCACCAUCUGA